AUGCAAAUCAAGUUAUAUCGCUCCCUUUACACUGCAAUUGACAUGCAUUUCCACCAAUUUCUUGCUCUGAUUACAUCGACCUUAAUCACAGCAGCAGCUGGUGGACAAAGUCUCCUUCCCGAGCAGCUGUUCCUCGAUUUUCCCGUUGCAGAGGUGCUCAAUCGAACCGCCUGGGACAUGGUGGAGCCAUGGGCUACCGAGUACUGCACCGCCAUUGCAGAGCAGCGAUACGGGGAUGCCAUCUAUGCCCGAUACAACAUCUUUGGGGACAUCAAGGACGGCAUGUUGACGUUGUGGGAUUGCACUGAUGAAGGGCCGUACCGUGAACGGAACAUCACUGUGUAUGAGCAGAUCAUGGAGGAUGCUCGAGGGUAUUACGAUGGAUACCAGGUCCUUUACCAAGAAGCGCUGGACUUUUAUAGCAGCAACAGUCCCAACGACUCGCGGCGAGACAUAAUCGAAGCGCUGAACAAUGUGAUGUACAAUGGGUCAGGCUUCUAG